CAUUAAUGGCGGACACUUGCGACAAUGAAGGGAAUUUGAUGUUUGUACGUUUUUAACGAGUAACGUCAGUUAAAGACCACUGCUUACCACGAUGUUGCUUCAGGAACCAGUGCAGGCAGCAAUUUGGGAUGCCCUAAAUCACUACUCAAUUCGGGAUGCCACAUUCCUGGCAGAAAGGCUGUAUGCGGAAGUUAAAAAUGACGACGCUAUAUUCCUGCUAGCAACCUGCUAUUACCGUGCUGGGAAGUCAAAGAAAGCUUACAGCUUGUUGCAGACUCGUGGUUGCUCCACGCCGCAGUGUAAAUAUUUGCUGGCGCGAUGCUGUGUUCAGAUAGACAAAUUAUCAGAGGCAGAGAAUGUACUGGCAGGAAGUGUUUUGACAAAAUGUAAAACUCAUGAUGAGAUUAUCUCAGAGUUCGGCAACUCGGCCUGCUAUAUUUUCUCACUCCUGGGGCAUAUUUACAGCAAAACUGAAAGGACGGCUAAGGCAUGUGAAUGUUAUCGGAAGAGCCUAAAGUUGAACCCUCUCCUAUGGGCAUCUUUUGAGCGACUCUGUCAGAUGGGUGAGAAAGUGGAUUCCACUCAGGUCUUUCAGCUGCCCGACCAGGGCCUGAGCCAUGGGAACGUCCAGGGGUUGGUCAGUUCUGGUCAGGCUCCGCCCACCACACUACAGCGCCUCCCCCAAACCACCGGACUUCCCAGCCACAACACCAGCCUAUCAGACGGCAGCUCUCCUGUCAUCACAGAAUGCAGACCUCAGACCCCUGUCCCCCAGCACACAGACAUAAUUCUCCACCCCGGCACCCCGGAUAACCCCCUCCCCUCUAUGGGCAGUUACGUGGAGACCCCAGCGUCCCCUGAACCCUCGAAUCUCCUGUCAGCUUCACUAACAUCGCGGAGACGAAACCGUGUGGUGGAGAGAAAUCUUUCCGGCAUUCCUUUAACACCAAGUUUCGGAAUUCUCCCAUUGUCAUCUGAUACGCCCAGUCCUGGUGAAGGAAGCUUUACCAGCAACCUCCCAUUCAUCACCCCCUCCCCCACUGCCCUCACGGAGACACAACACCUCCCCCCACGGUUGCCCAGGAAGAAGAGGACACAAAACCAAAACCAAAAACCUUUCAACUCUGACCUUGCCCUGGAUAUGACCAGCUUACUCAGGUCCAACUCCAGCAGCACGCAGACAGGACUCACCUCAAACAUAACCAAUGUGAGGAGAAGUACUAGGUUGUUUACAAACUCUAAUUCCGUGAAGGAAAACAAUAAGAGUCAGGCAAAGACAAAAUUCUCCAGCCCUAAAGCCCCAGGGCGUAAGUCGAAGACACGGCUCAGCAAAUCCCAGCAUGAACUGAACGAAAUCAACAAAAGUGAGCAGUCUGUUGACGCCAAGAACGCAGCAAACUCCGAUGUCGCAGCGGAAGUGCAGUUAGCACAACUACAGAGGCAGUCAUUAGUGGGUAUCCUCAGUUUACUACAAUCUAUAGGGAAGGCUUUCCAGGCUCAGUGUCAAUACGAGUGUCAGAAAGCUAUAGAUCUGUACUCAGACUUACCCCCUCAGCAGUAUAACACAGCCUGGGUGUUGAGUCAGAUAGGACGGGAGUACACAGAGCUUAACCAGUACCAGAGGGCAGAAAAAGUGUUUUCCGAAGUCCGUCAGCUAGAACCUCAUCAUCUAGAAGGAAUGGAGAUGUACAGUACAACUUUAUGGCAUUUACACAGGGAGGUGCAGUUGUCUGCCCUUGCUCAGGACCUGACAGAGCUGGACAAGAAUUCACCUGAGGCCUGGUGCGCGGCGGGGAACUGUUUCAGUCUGCAGAAGGAACAUGACACAGCCAUCAAGUUUUUCCAGAGAGCUAUUCAGGUGGCUCCAGACUUCGCUUAUUCCUAUACCCUUCUUGGUCACGAGUAUGUAUUAACUGAAGAGCUUGACAAGGCCCUGUCCUGCUUUAGAAAUGCUAUCCGUGUUGAUCCCAGGCAUUACAAUGCGCGGUAUGGGGUAGGCCUGAUCUAUUACAAACAAGAGAAGUUUAACCUUGCCGAGGUUCACUUUAGAAAAGCCCUGUCCAUUUACCCAGAGAGCUCUGUGCUGGUCUGCCAUAUAGGGGUGGUGCAGCAUGCUCUUCAGAAGACGGAGAGCGCUCUCAAGACCCUCAACAGAGCCAUGGCCAUAGACCCCCACAAUCCUCUCUGUAAAUUCCACAGGGCUUCUAUUCUGUUUGCCAACGACAGGCACAAGGAGGCAUUGUCCGAAUUAGAAGAGUUGAAGGAAAUAGUCCCUAAAGAAUCCCUUGUGUAUUUUCUUAUAGGAAAGGUACACAAGAAGUUAGGCAACACCCACCUGGCCAUGAUGAACUUUUCUUGGGCGAUGGAUCUUGACCCCAAGGGAGCUAACAACCAAAUCAAGGAGGCGAUAGACAAACGUUAUGUUACGGAGGAUGAAGAUUCUAUGUCCAGGCUUAAUGACUCCGACAUAGAGGAAGAGAACACAGCCUUGGCAGAAGCACAGGCACAGCUGGGUUUACAAUUCCCCUCGUUUGUCGUUCAGGAGGAUGUUCAGUUACAGGCCAUGGAGAGUGACGAAAGCCUGUGAUAUACAAGUACACUUAGCCACCAUUUUUCUUAGCUCUUCUUGUCAUGGGGAUGUUUCAGAAUGGCUGUACAUGUGGGGCUUCAAGAAAAGUAAGCUGGGAAUCGGUACAGGUGACAUAAUCUCUUUGAUUUAUAUGGAAUAGAUCGUGUGCAAUAACGAUUUCAGUUACGUCCCUUGACCUGGAGGAGAGAGAGAAACUGGGUUUGCUCCCUUGGUCACAACGAAAAGGGGAAACUGAGUACACUCCCUUGGUCAUAAAAAUGAGGGAAACUGGGUUCACUCCCUUGGCCAUAAAGUAGGAGUGAAACUGAGUUUGCGUCCCUGACUGUAACUAUAGAACAAAGGUCUGUUGUUUUCCAGGAAACUUUUCUGAGAAAUUUGGAAGUUUUUGAAGUUGAAGGGAAUUUAUGUUUAAUAUAUGACCAUAUUAGGAAAUUGGGUAUUUGACAAUAACAUGUGCAAGUGAGUGUGAGCAACUGCCUACAUUUACUGGCCAGUUAUUUGUAAUGUCAGAGCUAGAAAUGAGAGCCUUGUCUGACCUUAAGAAGUAUUUAUUUGUGAUUAGGAAAAGUGCUUGUUGGAUGAUGUCCUCUGAUUUAUGCCUAAGUUAUUUUGUGUUCAUGUUGUGGAGUUGGUGUUAGAAGCACAUGUCAUCGUCUGCCAGCAUGUGUCAUCCUCUGUCAGCAUGUGUCAGCCUCUGCCAGCACAUGUCAGCCUCUGUCACUCGUGUACAGUUGGUAUUAGAAGCACAUGUCAUCCUCUGCCAGCACAUGUCAUCCUCUGCCAGCACGUGUCAGCCUCUGCCAGCAUAUAUCAUCCUCUGUCAGCACAUGUCAUCCUCUGUCAGCACAUGUCAUCCUCUGUCAGCACGUGUCAGCCUCUGUCACUCGUAUACAGUUGGUAUUAGAAGCACAUGUCAUCCUCUGCCAGCACGUCAUCCUCUGUCAGCACGUGUCAGCCUCUGUCACUCGUGUACAGUUGGUAUUAGAAGCAUGUGUCAGCCUCUGCCAGCACAUGUCAGCCUCUGUCAGCACAUGUCAUCCUCUGCCAGCACAUGUCAUCCUCAGUCACUCAUGUGCAGUUGGUAUUAGAAACACGUGUCAGUCUCUGUCAGCACAUCAACCUCUGUCACUUCUGUAUUGUCUUGAGUAAGGCAACACCAAUUAUUUUCGUUUUACGGGUGAGCCUUAAAAAUUAAAAAGUGAAAUCAAAUUAACACUGAAAAUCCAUCUCUUCGUUUUGUCUGAUCUCCUUGAUUUUAUGUUUUCCCUGUUUUUCUUUGCUUCCCUAAGUCUGUUUUUUUCAUUGCAAAAUUGCCAGAAUAACCCACAUAUGUGACAAAUUUGAUGGUUUUCAAGUUUUUACUCUCUAAGAAUUAUUCUGCCAGUAAAACAGCAACUAAAAUUUGUGUGGCCUAAUUAAACAAAUCAGGUAAAAGCUGUCAUGUCAUCAGGUUAUUGUGAUUCGGAGAUUGAUCGUCUAUUUCAAAAGUUCUGUGCAGUCAGGGUAUUUCUAAAUUUGUGUAAAGCAUUGAGUGUUUUGAGACAUAGCACCAAAUGAACAUGAGAUUUCUGAGGACUUGAUGUUAUAAAACUGGAGUUAAGCCCCCCUUAUAGUUUCCCUGACCUGUAGGUGGAGUCUAACAGUACAGGCAUGACAUGGUACCUGCAGUGUGUGUUCUCAUCAGGUGUUUAACAUUUUGACAUAUAAAUAUGAUAUGUGUUAAUAAGAAAGAGAAGAAUGUGUGGGUAUAGUUUGUCCUAGUUAGAUAACCCACAUUUUGCAGGACAGCUCCCCGAGAACAAUGUAAAUCUGCCACUGCUAAAUUAGAACUUGAACUUGUAUAGUCUUGUGGUGGUCUGACAGAUCUGUAUAGUCUAGAACAUGGCCCUAGUUACCUCCCCUGUUUCAACAUAAAAAAAAAUGUAUGGGCUUCUGUAUCUAGUUCCUGGCUACCUCCUUUGUUCCAACACAAAAAAAUGUAUGGGCACACUACCCUGUCCAUAGCUACCUCCCCUGUUCCUACUGGAUGCAUGUGUGAAGGUCCGUAGCUUGUUCCUAGUUACUUCCCCUGUUUCAAUAUGUUACAGGUGUGGGAUUCUGUACCCGGUCCCUAAAUAUCUCCCCUGUUCCACAUGGUACAUGUAUAGGGUCUGUCUGGUACCCUUCCCGCGCCAUUGCUUUACUGCUACUGCUUGGAUGAACCUAAAUUUCACAUUCUGAACUUUCAAGGGUUCAAAAUUGCUUCAAAUGACAAUGCAUAUGUUAGGAGCAUGUACCUUGCUUUUGCAGUUAAGACAACAUGUAACAAGAAAAAAUAUAAAUACACAGUAAAGAACCUAAAAUUUCCCCCAUGACUAAGCUUGAUCCUAGAAAGGUAUUUUUAGGUUUGUUUGGAAGGUAGGAAACAUGUAAAUUUCAUAACUGAAAAUCAUAACUCGUGACAUUUAUUUGCCUCUUUUGGGCAAAAUUUUAGGCCCUUUACUCUAAUUCUUCAACUUUCUCAGAUAUGAAAGAACGACUAUCAGUGCAAUUUCAGUGCACGUUUUAAUUUAAUUUUGGAGACAAAACUACAUUGGUUGGAUUGGCCAGUUUCAGGGCUUCACAGAAUGUAUAAUUUUAUCAAUCAUCACAGAAAAAUGCCUUCAGAAUGUGCUUAAAUAAACACCUUGUAAACAUGUGAAGAGGUUGAAGAAUUACAGUACUGUAUUUUUGUUAUUAAGAAUGGUACUGCAUUUCAAGAGAAUACGCCAGUGAUUGUAUCAUUUAGGAAAGAACUUUCACAUUAAAUAGCUUGAUCACUGAUUAUUUCAUUUCCGUUGAAAAGUAUUAUUUGCAUUCAGUAUGAGCUGUUAUAAUUUAGUCAUUUGGCACGAUUGCUUUAUCUCCUGACAGGGUUCGUACAUGGCCUUCAAAUCCCUGAAAAGCCUGGAAUUCAUAUUCGCAUGUGAAAGAUUUGAUUGUGAAGACAAAAUUACAUUGGCAGAAUUUACCAGAUUCUAGGCAUCUUUUUUGAACAACUAGGCUCAGGGGCCGGUUUCAUGAAGCAUACUUAGUGCUAAGUAGCCCUUGGCUAAGUGCACUUUAUAUCUGUACAACAUGUGUUGUCAUGGUAGUAUAGGGCAAACAGAUAAGUGAGCUUCAUGAAACUAUUCAUAUAACAUGGUGAGCCAAGGGAAUAAUGUAGUGGGCCACUUUUCACAUGUACAUUGUGAGCUGAAGUUUACAGUAUGGUGAGCCUCACAAUGUCAUAAACCUCAGUCACCAUACGGUAAACUUCAGCUCACAAUGUCAUACACCUGGCUCAACCUACUGUAAACUUCAGCUCACAAUGUCAUAACUUUGGGUCAGUAUACUGUAAACUUCAGCUCACAAUGCCAUAACCCUGACUCACCCUACUGUAAACUUCAGCUCACAAUGUCAUAACUUUGGCUCAGUAUACUGUAAACUUCAGCUCACAAUGUCAUAACCCUGACUCACCA